AUGUAUUCUAACCAUCACAGUCAUGUUCAUCACUUAGAGAAAUUGAAUGUGAAAGAUCAUGUCGUGCUGGAUCAUGCAAGUGCCCAAUCACAUGACCCGGAACAACAUGCAGAACAUGAAAGCCUUCAUGGGCAUGAAGGUGCCGUUAAUGUUCAUAGCCUCAUUGGGGUUGCAUUGGUAGCUGGAUUUAUCACCAUGCUUCUAAUAGAUCAACUUUGUGGGGGAUCUCAUGUGCAUUCAGCACCAGAUGUUGAGCACACUCAGUCACCAAGUCAGAAUCGAAACAAGAUUACAGCUACAUUAGGAUUAGUGAUACAUGCAGCAGCUGAUGGUAUUGCACUUGGUGCAGCAAUUACAAUGUCAGAGGAUAGAGUCACAAUGAUUGUGUUUCUGGCAAUCAUGUUACAUAAAGCACCUGCUGCUUUUGGGCUUGUAUCAUUUUUAAUGCAUGAUGGUUUGGAGAGAUCACGGAUCAAACGUCACUUGUUUGCAUUCUCUGUGUCAGCUCCAUUGUUAGCCAUUAUAACCUUUUUUGGCUUGAGUCAGCAAAGUAAAGAAACUCUAUCAGAUUUGCAUGCAACUGGUUUUGCUCUUUUGUUCAGCGCUGGGACAUUCCUAUAUGUAGCCACAAUCCAUGUUUUACCAGAAGUGGCCAACUCCUCUUCCUCCUCUUCACAUGAUGGAGUCAGUAUCAUGAGAGAACAGAAAGGAUUUAAUAAAAAAGAACUGAUAACUUUUGUUAUAGGAUCAGCCAUUCCUGUCUUUUUGGCUGUGGGUCAUAAGCAUUGA